AUCGGAUUAGGCUAGGCCUUUAGGCCCCCAUCCGGCAUAUUCUUCUUCUUCUCCCCUUUGCUUCUUCCAGAAGCUCCCUGAAAGUCCAGGCCCGAUCCCCCAUGGCCUCCGGCGAAGGCACCGGAGAUUCGAACGCUGCGGGGGCAGGGAUGGAGGUGCCGGAGGUGGAGUUGUGCCUCGACCUCACGAGCUGCCAGCUGCACGAUCUGAGUGAGGUGGAGAUCCCGCCCACCCUGGAGGAGCUGGACCUUACGGCGAACCGUCUCACCGCAGUCGACCCCCGGAUCGGCCACCUCCCUCGCCUCCGCAAACUCUCGUUCCGCCAGAAUCUCCUCGACGACGACGCCGUCGCGCCCCUCUUCACCUGGGAUGCCAUCGCUGGCUUACAGGAGAUAGUCCUUAGAGAUAACAAGCUUAUAAAGAUCCCCGAUGCCAGCAUCUUCAAGGGUCUUCUGGUGUUUGAUGUUUCUUUCAAUGAGUUGUCGUCCUUAAAUGGGUUAUCCAAGGUUUCCAGCACAGUGAAAGAACUCUACUUUUCGAAGAAUGAGGUUCCAAAGAUGGAAGAACUUGAACAUUUCCAUGCAUUAGAAUUGCUUGAACUUGGUAGCAACAGAUUAAGGGUGAUGGAAAAUCUGGAAACUUUGACAAAUCUACAGGAGUUAUGGCUCGGAAGAAACCGGAUCCGGACUAUCAACUUAUGUGGGUUGAAAUCAAUCAAAAAAAUAAGUCUGCAAAGCAACAGGCUAACUUCAAUGAAUGGCUUACAAGAAUGUGUUGCGUUAGAGGAACUGUAUCUCAGCCAUAAUGGAAUCCAAAAGAUGGAAGGCCUUUCUAUGUUACAGAACCUUCGUGUUUUAGAUGUUUCAUCUAACAAACUAACCGCUAUCGAAGAUAUUGAGCCAUUAACCAGGUUAGAGGACUUGUGGUUGAAUGACAACCAAAUACCAUCACUGUCUGGGAUAGAAUCUGCUUUGUCUGGUUCACGAGAGAAACUGACCACCAUAUAUCUUGAGAGAAAUCCUUGUGCAAAAACUCCCAACUAUUCAUCCACAUUGAAGGAAAUGUUUCCAAAUCUUGAGCAAAUUGAUUCAGAUAUGCUAGCGUGAAACAGGUUGACUCACUUUCUCAGAUUGUUGAAGUUAGUCGAAAUAUGUGUUGUGUUUCUACAGGAAGAAAGCAGUCAUCCAGUUCAGAACAGACAACAUAAGCUCCCGGUCAAGUAGCGCUGCAGUUUGUACUGGUGAUCUGAAUGGAUUAUUGCCAACUUUAUUUGAAAGGCCCGUCCUGAAGUUGGGUCAUUUCCUGCCGAGAUCUAUAAAAACUGAACUUAUGUGAUAAAGCCAUCCUAUGGUCCAUGACUCCAUGCUCGUGCCACGUUGCAAGGGAUGAUGUAUUUGUUUUCCCUUUUCCCUUGAGUGAUUUUUCAGUUAUUACUUGGUCUAAGUUUAUGAAGCUGUUUGUGGUGUUA